AUGAAUGUAAAUAACAACAUUUCUAUAGAUGAACUUCCUCAAAAUCUAGAAGAUCUUAAAACUAAUUCAGAAUGGAUAUUAGGUAUUUUUGAAGCAGGUCGUGGACCUCUGAUUGGACCUAUCAUAAUUGCAGGAUGUUUUUGGCCAAUCAAUAAUCAUAAUUAUAUUGUUAAACAAUGUUCUUUAUCACUCAAUAAACAAUUCUACUAAAAUUAAACUGAAAGUUCAGAAAUUAUUUCUAAACUUAAAGGCUAAGCAUUGUAAUUUGAAACUAUAGAAAUUAGCGCCCAAAAAUUAUCAACCAAAAUCUUAGCAUAUACUCCUUCUGAUUUAAAUGAAAUUAGCUUAAAUUACACAAUAUAACUAAUUAAAAAUAUACUAUCAAAAGGAUAUAAAAUUAUUGGUAGCAAUUCGAUUUUUAAUAGAUAGAAUGUUAUAUUAAUCCAAUUGGUUUCAAAGAAAAUUUGAAUGAACUUUUAAAAAAGGGUCUUGGUUUUGAAAAUAAUGACUUAAAAUUUAUUGUAGGAAUACAUUAAACAAUAAUUGCAGCAUAAAUAGUAGCUAUGUAAGAAAGAAAUGCUAGAUUGUUAUAAAUAUAAUAAGAUAUUUAUCCAUCUGGAUAAAUGGGAUCUGGUUAUCCAUCAGAUAAUCAAACAAGAGAAUUUCUAUCUAAAGUCAGCAUUCCUUUUUUUAUUUAUCCAGAAGAGAUUAGAUUUGCUUGGUAAACAAUAAGUGCUAGUUUUAAAUAAAAAGCAAUCAGUAUUGAAUAUAUGUCUGAAGAAAAUUGGACAAAGUAAACAAAAGAACAAUUUAUAGAAAACCCUUCUUCUCUAGAAUAUGGAGGAUUACACUUUGAAAAUUAUUAUUUAUGA